CAUAAAAGAUACGAAUCCAUGUGCACGUUUUUGUCGACUUAGAGUGAAAAUAGGCCAAAAUCAUGCCUAUUUUCAAUUGGUUAUAGCUCCUUAGGAUGAUUGGCGACCCCCAAUGUCUAUUUCAUGAAUACUUACCUGGAUAACCGACUAAUUGCCAAGUUGUUCCCAAAACGGAACACCCCUUCGAAAAAAAAUGGAACAGUCCGACCCAAGGCGCCACGUGCGAACCGUCUCCCUAACAAACGUCCUCAUUCCCUUUUCGACGUUGUUCGAAGUCGGAUACAUCUAGCCUUUGAAAACUACGACUCUUCAAGCAAUUCUUUGGAUUUAUUUUUGCCUUGGAUUUCUUUUUGCCUUGGAUUUAUUUUCAACUUGUGGUUGACAAGAUAUCCUUUUUAUUGUAGUCUCGAUCGGCAUGUCCGCUCGCAAGUCUUUGUGCUCGGCGUGUGGGGGCCCUAACCGAGUGUUAAGCAAUUAGUCGGUUAUCCAGAUAAAAUAAUCAAAGAUUACUUGACAAAACAACAGAAAAUAUUGUAUCAGGAUGUGAAUCUAAUGACACCAGCAAAUUGGCAUAAACAUCAUGAAGUAGAUAUUGCAGAAGUAUUCACUGAACUCAGCUUAUUCAAGUCUGGAAAAGAAGGUGGAGCACAAAACAAGUCAACAUGUAUAAGGAAGAAAGGUGAACCCACAUCAUUAACGGAGGUAUUACAUAUUAUUAAAUCAACAGCUUCAUGUAAGGUAUUAAUAACAGGAAAAGGAGGAAUGGGCAAGACUACACUCCUCAAAUAUAUUACUUACAAAUGGGCUACUGAUGAUGUACAUAAUGCCUUUGCUGGUAAAUUGCUGUUUCUGUUCAAUAUUGGGGAUAUUAAAGCGGGUACAGAUAUCCUGGAAAUAAUUAUGAAAAACAUAAGUACGAAAGAAUUAAUUCUUCAGAACAAUUUACCAUCUGAUUCAGUUGAAAGAUUCCUGAUGAACCAUGCUGAUGAUAUAGUGAUUUUUUUAGAUGGAUAUGAUGAGUUGCAUAGCGAUGCAAAGGACCCUAUAUAUCUGUUCAAAGGACUUGAAUUGGAAAAAAGCACUGUGGUGAUAACGUCCCGACCUGACAAAGCAAUUGAUUUGGUUAGAUGUUGUACAGUUCAUAUUGAAGUGAAUGGUUUCAGUUCAAGAAACAUAAAGGAGUAUAUUCAAAAUUAUUUUUGUUCAACAAAUAAAUAUGAAUCGAGGGAAUUACUAUUGAAGGAGUUUAGAUUUGAUUUAGAGGAUGAACGGAAGUGGGGUGGUAAUCAUAAAGUGGCAUUUGGAUUGUGCUCUUCCCCAUUGUUACUGCUUAUGAUUUGUACCAUAUGGGAACAAAAAAAACAUCUUCCAAAAGACUUGUCAGAUCUUUUCACUGAACUGAUUUGUUGCAUUUUAAGUCAGUAUGAAAUCAAGAGGAAUAAAGCUGCUAUUUCCAACAUUGAGAGGAUUCCAGAGCCGUAUAAACUUGCCAUUCUACUAUUAGGAGAAUGUAUGUAUGAAGGCCUAAAGAAAAAUAAUUUGUCUAUUGACAAAUAUAUUUUAUCAAACAUGAAAAAGAAUAUAGUUUCUGUAAAUUUAGCAUUGGAACUUGGAUUUGUUUAUGAAGAUAGCCCUUUUAACCCUGGUGAUACAAGAAAGAUUUACACACCCCCACACAAAUUGAUUUCAGAAGCACUAGCAGGGUUUUAUUUGGCUAAUCAAAUUGAGAAAGAGCAAUUGAAAGGUGAUGAAUAUGAGGUGAUAAGAUGUAAUAAAAAUUUAAAUAUGACAAGAGAGUUUACAAUAGGAUUUCUAGGUGUUAAAGCUGGUGAUUUGUUGAAGCAUUGGUUAGUAAAGCCGUCAAAAUUGUACUCAAUAACACAAUGUUUUGAAUAUAUAAAGGAGGAAAAUGAAAAAUAUGUACUAAGAAAAUUAGAUGAAAACAUGUCCACUGAAAUGAAAUCAUACUGUGAGGAAAUGCACGAGACAUUCAGAAGUGUUCUUGAUGGUGAUAGAAGUGAGCAUAUAUUUAAACUUAUGGGAAAAUAUUGCGUUAAAUAUAAACUUGAACAUGACAAACUUCAACAGAAAGUGAUGUCAUUGAUCGAUACAUCAGGUAAAGAGUCUCUUAGAAAAUCAUGCAGAAGUGUUCUAUUUAUGUCAGUUAAAGUACAAGAACUAUAUCAUAAUAGUAAUGUAUUUAGAUUGAAUGAAACCAAUUUACUUAGGUGUAUUUCAAAUUGGGAAGAUGAAAGGCUCAAUGUACUUUCAGCUGAGAUGAAAUACCUCCAAUUGAAUUAUAGCAGCACUGUUCUCACUUUUUACUGGCAGUUCAGUUCAUCAUUUUUUAUUCAUCUCCUGACACAUUCAAAUAAGCUAUCUGUCUUAUAUAUAAGAAACUGGCUUACUAAGGCUAUACUCAGUGUAGUUACCAAAGAGUUACUCAAAACUGUGAAUUUGACGUUAAAACAAUUUUAUAUAUAUAACAGUGAUCUACAUGAUAUCGAUGGAGCAUUACUAGGAAAACUAUUUAGAGUAGCUCCUGAACUAAAUGGCCUAGAAGUAAGCAAAUGUGGACUAUCAAGUGAUAUUGUGAGGGCAAUGAUUACUGAAUGUCACAAGAGUGGAGGUAAAUUAUGCAAACUUGUCAUGAACCAUAAUAACUUUGAUGAUGCAUUAAUUGGUGAUAUACUUAAAGUGUAUCCAAAUAUAUCUACUCUUAAAAUAGCUAGAUGUGGCCUCACACAGGAAUGUUUUAAUAAAAUGUUCAGUGAGGUACCUAAAAUUAACAUAGUUGAACUUGAUUUCUCCGGAAAUAAUCUAAGGAAUUUAGAUGGAGAAAUGUUUAGAACAAUAAUGAAAAAACUUCCCAAACUACAUUUUUUUGCCAUGGCGUUUUGCAACUUAUCAGGCUGUAUUGUUAAUGAAAUGAUGAAGGAAGUAUUGAAAGACAAAAUGCUUAAUUUGAUUGGCAACAACCUUUCAGUUAUUGACGGUAAAUCACUUGCAAAGUUAGUCAGGGUAAUUCAUGAGGAUGGUUUCUAUGGUGAAACUUUCAAUUGGAGUGAUUAUUCUCUUACAGCUGAUAACCUAGAAAAACUGAUUGAAUCAGUAGGUGUAAAUCAAACAUUGAAUUGGAAAAGGAUAGUAUUUUAUCGUGUUAAUCUUUCUUCAAUCCGUUGUAAAACAUUAGCUCGCCUUUUUAAAAUCUCCCCAGACCUGAUCGAAAUUCAAUUCCAUGACUGCUCUUUAGACAGUACUGUUCAUGAAAUGCUGAAGGAAUGUGAUAUGAUGAAGGUAAUAUUAGACGGCAAACAUGCUUAAUUUGGAGGGCAAUUUCUUUAAUAGCCUGCAGAUGCCUAAUACCAUCAGUUGCAGAGUUAUUCAGAAUUCGAGCAGAUUUUUUUUUUAGCAGAUGCUAGUUAGAGCGGAAGAAGAUCCACUUGUGCGAACAACAACCUGUGCGAGUUAUAUACGAAUUACUUCAAAAUUUCCUAUUUUUGAGCUAAAAAUUUGACAUUUUCAAAGGGGAAGGGGCACACAACAGUUCCAAAAUACAUAAGUGAGUAGCAUAGCACAAUUUCAAAUAUAAUUUGAGCUAAAAAGUUGACAUUUUCAAAGGGGAAGGGGGCACACAACAGUUCCAGAAUAGAUAAGUAAGUAGCAUAACUCAAUUACAAAUAUAAUUUGCUUUUUUAUGUAUAAUCAGGUGCUUGUUGAAUAAGUUCUGUAGUAGAACCCCUUUUUUUGAACAGCCCUAUUCAGCGGACAGGGGCCUUAAGCGAACACUUUCCUACUAAAAAAGUUGUUAAAACCACAGUCAAUCCAUGACAUCUGUAAAGCAGAUGUUAACACUUUGAGUGCGAAAUUGUCAAUACACCCCUUUAAAGCAUUUUCUACACUAUCAAAUUUCAUCAAAAAAGCGUCACAUAAAAUGUGGUGGAAAGUAGAGUUGAACACAUUCAAAUUUUUUUUUAUACAAUUUGAUGACAUGUGAUAUGAUGUCAUCAUACCCAUAUAUGGGCACAUCACAUUUUUUUGUCACAUAAAAAGAUAGUGUAGACAUAGCUUUAAAGGUGUCACUACUCUCUUAUCCACAACAAGUGCAACAAACUCAAAUAUUUAAUUUACAUUUUUAUUUUGAAUAUUUUUUGAGCCCUUAAAAUUAACCUAAUUUUGUUGGAUAUCAGUAUAUAUGUCCAGUGUGUGUUGGUUGGAAUUAUUCAUUGCCUAUAUUGUUACUGUUACUUCUCUUCAUGUGAUAUCAACCAAUCUUGUCAAUUUUAUCCCUUACCUUAGCUAUUUGAAUGAUGUUACUUUGAUUUUUAAAAAAAAGUACAUUCAUAGAGGAUUUGAUUGAUAACCUGAACCCUGAUUUCUGUGUCAUACUCUAUUCAUCUUCGACAUCAAGUAGAAUCCCAGCCCAUCCUCCACCUCCCUGCUGGCACCACCACUGGUUGUUUUAAUAACAUUUCUAUUAAUUUUGUAUCAUAAUAAUGUAUUAUUUUCACAGUGAAGAUUAUUGUCCAAACUGUAAGUGACAAAUAACUGUGAUAUUCCCUUAUUUGGGUGUAAUAUGACAUCAUCAUGCCCAUAUAUGGCACAUCACAGAGUUUCACAUAAAAAUUUAUUAGUGAAAGGAACACUGUAAUUUCCAAAUAUUUGGAUGAAUAAAGUGAUGUCUAUGUCUAGAGCUUAACAAAUUAGUUGUGAUUAUUGUAAAUCUCAUCUUAAGGUGAAUUUAACUAAAAUUAUACUGUAUCUAAUGUAGUGGUAAUUGUUAUUGUAUUGUGGGUGGUGUUUCUGGAAUUUGUUAAGAGUAUGUUACUUGAAUAUUCAAAUAAACAGUUAAUUGUAAGAA